AUGAAUCUCACCUUCUUACCCAGACCAACGCAAUCCAGGCCCGGGAAGCGAAGUCGAGCUAUAGCAGAUAUCGACGGAGAACACUCGUGCACACAGAAGAAGAAGCGCCGACUACGUCUCGUCCUCAUCACAUCGCGCCUCUCGCCCCAAUUCUCCCACCCAGCAACCAACAUUGUAGAUCGAGGCAGCUCGAAAAUCGCAGUCUGGGCAAAGCAAAAGGCUCUCGGUCGGAACCUCCUCCGCAAAGCCGCCAUCCUCAAUGGCAUACGCAGACGAAACAUGUCAUCCAAGGGGGGCAAUGGCGGACGCAGAGGACGAAUACUAGUAGGAAAUGAAAAGGAGCAAGCGCAAUUCGAACUAGCAAGGCUAGAGUUCGAUCACGGCAGCAUUGAUACCUACACCCGACCAGUCCUAUCACAAGACCCAUCAGUUCCACCAAGUGGUCUCAUCCACCGGCUGAAAAUCGCGAUUGGAGUGAGGGAGAAGAUGAAGAUGAGUGGUGUAGUAGUACCCUGUCUGCUGCUCCACCGUGUCCCCGAAUUUCUUUCCUACAACCCUAUCGUCAACGUCCACAUCGCCGAGUUUCCCCCCUCUAGGUACGACCGCGAGGACGACGAUGCCGUAUACACCGCGCUCGCCGACGUUGCUGGCAUUGGCGAGUCCAAGGUCGGUGUCGCCGAAUUUUGGGGUUAG